AUGAGGACAGACAAAAACACACACACGGACAGACAAAACACGAGUGUUUUCUGUUCAUGUCCGUUCGUGUUUGUCUGGUGUUUUCUCUGUCUGUGUCCGUCCGUGUUUGUCUGUCCGAGUCCGUCUGUGUUUGUCUGUCCGAUUCUAUCCGUGUUUUGUCUGUCCGUCUUUUGUCCGUCUGUCGUCCGUGUUUGUCUGUUCGUGUUUUGUCUGUCCGAGUACGUCCGAAUUUUGUCUGUCUGUGUGUCGACACAAAAAAACAGGAGACCCUUGAAUGCAUUAAUUGCCUGUAUUGAGUCAUUCUCCUUUCCACUAAUUCUUUUCUCUAUCAUUUCUUUUGAUUAUGCCACAGGGAAUAUAAUGUAA